ACGUCCAGCAAAUUCCACUUUUUGAGUCAUGGAGGCAGAACAGAUUAUGGAGGGCCAGCCGCAGGUUCCGGAAAAUCCCCAUGCUGAAUACGGUCUCACGGAAAAUGUAGAGAGGAUAGUAGAAAAUGAGAAAAUAAAUGCGGAGAAAACAUCAAAGCAGAAGGUGGAUCUUCAGUCGCUACCCACACGUGCCUACUUGGAUCAGACCGUUGUACCUAUCUUGCUACAGGGACUUGCGGUUCUUGCAAAAGAGAGACCACCAAAUCCCAUUGAAUUUCUAGCAGCAUAUCUUUUAAAAAACAAGUCACAAUUUGAGGACCGAAAUUAACUCCAUAAAAAUGAGGACAAUUUGGCUGCUAGACUGAAAUGAUCACUUGCCACAAUUUGUUUUCUGCUGUAAAAAUCCUUUGGAAACAUGAUGUUGUCUUUCUUAAUCGCACAAUUUGCUUUACCUUUUGAGUUAUUUAAUAAAGAACACUUUACAUUUUAUUUGUUCACUUGAUUUAAACUAGCUAUUAAGAGACUUUCAAAAUAAAGUACUGAAACUGCA